AUGGAAAUAGACGCGAUUACCUGCCUGCAGGACUCUGUUGUUAAGCCACAGCCAGGACCGAGCAUCCUCAAGAAAGCGACGACAGGAGGAAAGAAGGCGGAAGUCGAGAAGCCACAAGGAAGAGAGAGCGGAGAUGGAGAGAUUGAGGUCUUUCCAGCGUGUCGUGGGAUCUUUGAACGGGACGAACCCACGUACGACAGCCCAACGUUGGAGCUGUUAGCUAAAGCUAAUCCUCUUGUGCUUGAUACGCAGGAUGAAGAAAUGCUUCCUGAUUAUGUCCCGGAUUACGAGCCCACAGAAGUGGGAUCUGAAGGAAACCACGAACACUCGAAGAGUGCGUCUCUGAAGGAGUCUGGGACCUACCCGGAAGAGCUUGGAAAGGCUCUUGUCAGGAUUGGAAAGAAGAUCCUGAAGCAGGAGGAAAGAAAGGAUCUACCACAGGAGUGGCAAAUGCUGUGUCAAGUGGUGGGUAGAUAUGAUGCUUCCAGUGAGGCUGCCGCACUCGAAGCCAUUGAGAAACUAGAAGAGCAGGAACUCAACCCGCUACAACAACGAGCAUGCCACGAAGUGCUUCGUUCCUUUGUGGAGCAGGACGCACAAUAUGCCAAGUGGAUCUUGGCAGAUGUGGCAAGUGGGUAUCGCCAAGAUGAUAGGGCCGAAUGCAUCAAAAUCACCUCGGCUAACAUCACUAGCUGGAGGAAACCCAUAGCGGCAUGGAUACACGAACUAGGACCGGACCUGGUGGUGCUGCAGGAAACCCAUCUCAAGACGGAGGGUAUCCAGCAAGCCAUGAGCCAUUGCCAAGAUAUGGGAUACACCUUCAUUGGCAUGCCAGGCAGUACAAAAACUAAGGGUGUACAAGGAGGCCUGGCAGUGGUGGCACCCCGACAUAGGAACCUGCGAUACCUUACUGAGUAUGGGACAGGACCGGCGGGUUUCCUGGCAUGUGCCAUGAGAAAUAAAGGCUGGGAUUUGAUCAUCGUCAGUCUGUAUUUGGAGAGCGGGGUCGGAUUCCAGGCUCCAAACAAUAUCCAAGUACUGGCGAGACUGAUAGCCUUUCUCAAGGGCUGCAAAGUGCCAUAUAUGGUGCUGGGUGAUUGGAAUGAAGCCCAGGACACCAUGAGGGGCACAACUCUGGCGACAGAAGUUGGUGGUGCAUUUGUUGGAGUGGGGGAACCAACGGCCCAAGGAUCGGACGAAAUCGAUUACGGGCUGGUUGCGAAAUGCUUGGUGCCCAUCCUUCAAGUGAAAACGGAUUGGGAAACCCCUUUUCGGCCUCAUGCUGCAAUGCAUUGGAGGGUGGCCCAACCGUGCAGUAGCCCUGAUGUUCCCCAGAUGAAGAAGGCGGGAGCACUGGUGACGGAGACUGUGGAGUAUGAACCAGUACAAAACACACAGAGCAUCAACAUCUUGGAUGAACCCAAGAUGGAAGAUGAGCUCAGUGAGACAUUUGCUCACCUGAGUGCCGGUGUGGAGAGGUCGAUCACAGGCCGAAUCGAUGGUAUGGGUGUUAAAUCGGAGAUUGUGCGGAAGAAAUUGGUGGUCAACAACCCGGAGAACGUUGUCUGGACGGGCAAGAGGGCGGCCUUUUGGAACCGGGUCCAACAAUGGGUCAAACAAGGCAGACAUCAUGGCGAUGCACAUCCGGUGGCGCGUCUGGUCCAAUGCAGGCUCGGCGAGUAUUACGAGGGUGAUGCGCAGAACCAGGAGGAUAUGCUUGCGAGUAUCCUGGGCCGGGGUACGGACGCUAGGCUUGUUCUGAAGCGCAUCGACGAACAGCAAUGCUACGCGAGAAAGGCGGAUAUGGAGGAGACAGCCCACCAGUACAAGCAAUGGCUCAGUAAGGCCAUGGAAAAGGGCAUGCGACCAUUAUACAAUGCCUUGCGAAAAGAAGAACAAGUGGUACAAAGACCCUACAUGGAAUAUGACAUGCUGGAACGGCCACACAUUCGCCGAGACCACUGGGCGGCAGUGUGGACGACGGGCCAGCCGUUGGCAAAAUCGGCCUCGCUCAUGACGGAGCUUGAGGAUGCAGCCAAAAAACAAGCGGCCAGCGUGGAGCCGCUGAACCCUGUCGAGGUCAAGGCAAGGAUCAAAAAACUGGCACUAAAGAGCCCGGGGCCGGAUGGCUGGAGGAUUGACCAUUUGCAGGCCAUGGACGAUAAAGCAGUUGAAGCCGUUGUGUCCUUCUACCAUGAAUGUGAGGCCAAGGCAGCAUGGCCGCAGCAAAUGACAGUCUCCCUUAUAGCAAUGCUGCCGAAGAAUCUGACCCGGGAAAGACCAAUCGCCUUGCUACACAUCCUGUACAGGACUUGGGUCCGUCUGCGAUGGGAUUUGGUAAGUACUUGGCAGGCAGGCUAUGCCACAGCUGCCACGUACGACAAGGCAGUCCCAGGCAGUUGCUGCUUGGACGUGGCCGUCGGCAGACUACUGCGAAAUGAGGUGGCAAAGACAAAUGGAGUGCAUGUGGUGUCACUCUUUGUGGACCUCGAGUCCUUUUUCGAUACCAUCCAAUUUCAGCAAUUGAUCAUGGCAGCAACGGCCCUGCAAUAUCCGCCGCUAAUCCUGAAGAUGGCACUGGAAGUGUACAUGGGUGCCAGAUACUUGGUGGCGGAUGGGGUGCUAUCGGCAGGCAUCAGAGCUACAAAUGGCGUGCAAGCGGGUUGCCCAGCGGCGCCAUCGUUAGCAAAGGUGGCAUUGCACCCGGUGAUAGAAAAGAUCCAAAGGCGACGAGAUGUGGCAAACGUGGACUGUUGGUUGGAUGAUGUCUCAAUUGACAUCCAGCAUAAGUCCUUUAAACACGUGGCGGAUAGUGCCAUACGAGUCUACCGCAGCUUAAAGGACGGGAUGGAUGCUAAUGGUUUCACGAUUUCAUCCAAGAAGACAGGGUUUGUGGCCAGCAGUACCCAGGCGAGCAAGCACCUGCGAGAACUCCUGCUGCCACAUGAGCCACAGGUGUACGACGUGAUGCGUGACCUGGGCGUCGAUAGUACAGGGGGGCGAAAGCGUCGCUUGGUGACGUCGGCAACGCGGGCCAAGAAAGCCCGUGCGAGACAUAGCAAACUGUCUAGGCUGGGACCGCCGCCCAGCACUAAACUCCGCGUGGUCAAGGCAGCGAUCACAUCAGUUGCUUUGUGGGGGCACCCCUCUGUGGGGGUUUCACCCAAAAGAAUGAAAUGGCUCCGAACAGUGGUAGGAAAACACCUGGGUAAAUACAAGCUUGGGAGUUUGGAAACCAUCUUGGACAUGGGAGCCAAGAAAUGCCAAGAUCCAAAGCGCACAAUCCACAAGCAGCAUUUCAAAGUGGUGGCCAAAGUUUUCCGUGCAUGGAUCGGUGGCGGAAAAGCCCACUUUGACUUGGCCUGGAAAACCACUUGGAAGAGGUUGAGUGCGGCCAAACACCACUGGCCACUGGUCACGGGGCCGAUGGCUGCAACCAUGGCGUACUUACUGGAUCUGAAGGUAGAUGCCAGUGACCCAGGCAAAUGGAAGAGAGGUAGUGUCCUCAACGUUGAUUGGACCCAGCCACGCAUGGGUAGCAUCGCCUACAAAUGGCUUGAGGGAUUCCUGGAGGAACAGAAACGGGCUGCGAUAGCGCGACAGGCAGGUGGCGCUGGUGCCCAAGAGGGGCUGGAUUGGACGCCGCAUCACAAGUUGACGAAGCUGGGAGGCCUAAGCCCAGGCCUUAUGGAAGGUAUAAAGUCAGUGUGGCAUGCGGGCGUCAUCACGGAGUCCAAGCCAGGAAUACUUGCGUCACAAAUACCCAUGGGAGUGUCUAUGGACAAGGGCACUCCUGCCAAAGCCGGCGGUGUGGCACCCGAAGCCGCCGGAACACCUUUUAGGUCCAGGAGGAAUAGACCCACGUGUACAAACAUCAGCCCUCGCAGUGGUGGCUAUGUCCUGGACAAAUGGUGUCCUGGUGGAGUCUACCCGUGGCAGCCGGUGGUGGACAUGGAGCGCCGUGCGCUUUUCCGACUAAUGGAGCACACGGAGGAUCUGAUUGAUGUCACUAUGGAUUGCAAGCCGGCAGUCCAAGUGCUACAAAAAACACAACCGCCGGAGGAUGACCUGGAAUGGAGCAAAGUGUGGAAUGACAGGAAACGUAUCAAGGCAACCUGGGUCCCGUCCCACAAAACUGAAGAGGAAUUCCUGGCGAAGAUGGGGCCGGGCACGUUGUGGCGACGAGCAGCGAAUGACAUGGCAGACAAAGUAUGUGGUGCAGUAGCGGCGGCUGCUUACAGCCCAGCGCACAAGAGGCGUGUCAAAGAGUUGGACAAUGUGGUGCGCACACUUUCCCUGGCGUACGGUGCACGCGCAGCCCACAUACUGAGGAAGCGCAAAGAAGAAGACUUCCCCUUCAUUCUGGACCAUGCGCAUUACAAAGAGAAGAUGGAGGCCUCGCAGAAAGCUGAGGGAUGCAAAAAAGCGCAGGGCAACGCCAAGCUCAACAAACGCCAGCGGCUAUGGCAGUUGCUUAAA